AUGUUUGAAGAAAAUGAAAAUGAAGAAUUAAUGUACUUUGAGAGGAAUAAAGAAAGUGAAAAAUGUCAGAAAUUCUGGGAAGCAGUAAUUUGUAAAGGUUUAGGUUAUACUAAAGAAGAAAUAAGAAGAGAUGUAGAAAGAUCUAGAAGAGAAAAAGAAAGACUUCUCUCAAUACUAUAUGGUAGUGUAUUUACAGGUCCUAAAUAUUUAUUAUAUUCGAAAAAAUGGAGAGGUAAAACGUUGAAUGAAAUAAUUAAUGAAGAUAGAGAAAUGAACUUAAAUAAAAAUAAUUUCAGAAAUAUUGAUCUUGAUAGUACAUAUUUUUGUGAAUUAUCAUUUGGAUAUAUGGACACUGUUGAAGAGAAUGAUGAUAAAAAUAAGAAUCAAAUAACAAAUGAGAUUGAAAAGAAAAAUGAUAAAACUCAUAAUAUAAAAAAAGGAGGAAAUACAAAUACUACUCAGAAUAAAAGAAAAACACAACAUGGAGAAAAAAAUACUAAUACAACAAAUAAAGAAUUAGAUGAAUUUUAUAGUAAAUUAAAUUAUUUAGAAAAAAGAAGUUAUAAAAAUAGAUAUAGAAAUGAAAACAACACUAACAAUAACAAUAAUAAUAGUAAUAAUAAUAAUAAUAUUAAUUCUUCGAAUGGUCGUUCAAGUUAUAGUAACCAAUUAUCAAAUGAUAAAUAUAAUGAAGAAAAUUCAGAUGAUGGAAAAGUUAUAAAAUAUAAAUAUCUUCCUACAGGUGUAUUUUAUAGUAGAGUGUCUAAAUCUUUUAUAGCUAAUUGGAUUGAUGAUAAAACAAAAAAACAAAUUAAAAUUCCAUAUAAAAUAUCAGAAUAUGGUAUUGAGAAAUGUAUGAUUUUAGCUAUACUCUCAAGAAAUCUAAGACUAAGUAAUUUAUCAAAUGUAUUAAAAUGUUAUGAUCAUUUGACAGAUAGCCAAAAAGAACAAAUGUUACAUGCAAUUAGAACAACACAGAAAAGUGAAAAAUUAUUUGAGGAUAUUAUAAAUAUGAAUGGUAAUAAGAAAAAUGAAAAUAAUAUAAUAAAUAAUGAUAACAAUAUGAAUAAUGACACAUCUAUGAACAACAACAAUAAUAAUAAUAGUAGUAGUAGUUAUGUAGGAAAUACAAAUAUUUAUCAAUAUAAAUAUAAAAAUAAACAGAAUACAAAUGAACAUAAAAAUACAUCCAUCAAAAAAACUCUCAUUGAAAAAAAAAAAGUAAAACAAACAUAUGUCAAUGAAGAAAAAUUACCAACAGGUGUAUAUUUCUAUCAAGGUUCUUAUGUUGCUAAUUGGUGGGAAACAAAUCAAAAAAAACAAUUCAAAGUUCCUUUUAAAAUAUCUGAAUAUGGAAUAGUCAGAGCAAAAAAUUUAGCCAUCAUAUCAAGAUUAAUUAGAUCAUCUUCUGUUCCAGAUAUUAAUUUAAUUUUAACACAAAUGGAAAAUGAUCAUAACUUGAACGACAUGGAUUAUACUGCUAUUGCAGAGUUGGCAUAUAAAUAUAUAGAAAAUAUGGCAAGCAAGCAAUAA